AAUUUACAAGAUGUCUUUCAAGGAUCCAUGUCCAAAGAGGUGGAUUAUGUCCAAUACUCAAUAUAUCUUCCACCAAAACAAGACAAGCAAAGCAACUUGAAAAUGCUACGAGAAACAUGUGCUCUCAUUCAUUCCCAGCUUCAAAACUAUCUUGACGGUUACCUCUGGCAGAAAGAUCGAUUCAAUCUGUGCAUCGCUUAUGAUGAGAAAAAUGAUCCCUCGUACCCGUUUUUACACGGUGUCGCACGCUUUGGAGACUGUAUCAAUGACGAAUGGUUUAUUGUUUUUCUACUGCGGCAAAUAUCCGUUCAAUUACCAGAAGCAGUUAUUACAAUUGCUGAUAAUGACGGUGAUGUAUUAUUGAUAGAGGCUGCGAUGGAAUUGCCUUCAUGGUUGGACCCAACAAACAGUCAAAACAGAGUAUAUGUACACAAGGGAAAGGUGCAUAUCAUUCCUCUUCCAACAACUCCUGCAGAAAUAAUGCAGAUACCAAGCGUAGGGAAGUUAGGACGCACCCAAGCCAUCACAAUUGUACGCCAGUCUCUCGUGCCCACUGAAGCCAGUUUUUCAGUUCAAGCUAUUAUUCAGGAAAGAAUUAAGGGUUACCCAAGAGCAGCCAAAGAAGAGAUUCACCGAGCACGCUGUAUUCUUCCCAAACAAGCCGCAUUUGUUCUCCUCAAAUCCCCUGAGUUACUUCCUUUAGCCAUCGAAGCAUUUUACUUACGUGAGCCGAUUUCUUUGAAAGCGUGUGCUAAAAUGAAUCAAUUUUCACCUAUUCACAACAAUGUUGAUUCUAUUGUAAAAUUCACAAAGACAACUUACGCUCAAACUGUCAGCCAAAAGUUUUACGCACCAAAACCAUUCCACCUUCCACCAAUAACAAAAAAGAAGGAAUUUAAUGCAGCCGAGCUAGGGAUGAAGGUAGCCUGUGGAUUAGAGAUGCUAUAUGCUGAUGAGCGAACAAAUCAAACAGAAGAACAGGAGAAAUAUCGCUUUGACCUUGAUCCUGCGUGGAAAGAAUUCGUUAGUAAUUUGGGCCGACUCGGUUAUUUCAGAGGGGAGAGAGAGGGAUCUCAUAUUUACCGCCAAUUAGAAGAACAAGCAAAAGAGCAAUUUUUGCAGAGUAAAAAAAAUAAUGUAAUUGCUAUGGAAGAUUUGGACAUCGAAGACAAUGAAACAUUCUCCGGUGGAUCUGUAUUGGGCCAAAUUAGCCCAAGAGCCUUGAUUGACAAAAUCUUGAAAGAAUAUUCAGAAGAUGCCCUGGUGGAGCUUUUGAAGACAGAAGAAACCGAGGAUAGUGAUGAGUGGAUGAAUGUGGAUCCUAAACAGUUAGAAGACCUGCUGGCUCAGAAAAUGGGAAAAAUGAAGGAAAAGAUGAUGGGUGAUAUUGAACAAGACCUUGAGGAAGACAAUGAGGAUGGAGAAGUUCCUGUUGAUUUAGAAAAGAUUAUGGCUCAAUUUGAGUCCUUUGUGGAAGGAAGUCGCAGUGGAGUAGAUGGUGUCGAAUUCCCUGGUGGAAAUGAUGGAUCCGAUGAAGAAAGCGAUGAUAGCGAUGAUGAAGGUGCUGAUAGAGCAAUAUCAUUUGAUACAGACCGGUUCAUGAACAUAUUAAAGGGUGUUUUAGAACUACCAGAGGAACUAAAGAAAGAUCCAGUGGACGUGGAUGGGAAUAUGGAAGAUACGGAAGAUAUGGAUGAAUUGAUGCGUGAGAUGGAUAAAGAAAUCAGUGGUCAUGAAAAAAUCAAUGCCUCUUUUGAAAAAAGCAAACAGGACAUCGAGGAAGACGAGGAUUCUCCGGUUGAUAUUCAGCUUAAUUUGGUUAAAAACGUAUUAGAAAGUUUCAAGAGUCAACAAGGUCUUCCUGGACCCGCAGGAAAUAUUCUACGACAGUUUGGUGUGGUGUUGCCUGCAGAUAAUGAAGAGGAUUCUUAAAUACUCUAUUGUGGUUAAGUAAAUAUAUUAAAUUUAAAGACGAUAAUUGUAUAAUUAAACAAAUAAGUUUGUACUAUUUCUUUAUAAAAGCUUAAAUAGCCUUUUUACACCGCUUUGCGGC